GCGCAUGCGCGCCAGAAGCUGUGGCGAUGGAGCUCUUGGGGGAUUUGCCGCUGCGCUUCUCUCGGUUGCCCAUGUUUCCCUUCUUUGACUUAGCGCACUACACCGCUUCCAUCCUGUCUCUGAAGGAGCAGCGGGGAGUAGUUGAAGUCGCAUAUGGCAGCCCACUUGCCUGUUGGUUUAGUGCUAUGCUUUACUGUUUCGGUGGGUCCAUAUUAUCUUCGCUGAUGCUAGCAGAACCUCCAAUUGCAUUUCUUGCCAACACCACAGGUGUCCUCCUUGCCUCAUCCGUCUGGCUUCUUAGGAGAGCUGGUGGCGGUCUAAUAUCCAACUUUGAACAGUUGGUGAGAGGUGUAUGGAAGCCUGAAACUAAUGAACUGCUGAAGAUGUCAUAUCCUGUGAAAGUAAGUUUGAUGGGAGCAGUGCUCUUCACAAUGCAGUGCAACUUUUAUCUUCCAAUAACAAAGCACAAUCUCAUGUUACUUUACACCCUCUUUUUGGUGAUCACAAAGAUAAAUAUGAUGAUGACGGGAUGCACUACUUCUCCAUUUGCUUCCCUGGAGGAACCAAUGGCUCGCCUCUUCUUUGGCCAGAAGCCAACUGGUUCACAAGCCAUGGAUGAGAUCAAAGGACCCUUAAAUGGCAUCUCCUCAGCCUGUGACUGUCUUCUUGAUGGAGAGAAGAGUGAGGCAGUCCAAAAGACACAGGCAAAGAAAACUCAAUGAGAACCUCAAAAGUGCUAAGGACAGCCAAAAUGGCUUGUUUGUGUGUGCCGAUAAAAAUGUAAUAUUUCUCUUUCCCGAUGAUGUGAAAUGACUAUUGUGCAUGAGGUAAUUUCUGUGACAAGAAGAUUGCUGCACUGGUCCUUCAGAGAAGUUUUCAGGCCAAACAGCAGUUCAGUGAAUCUCUUAUAUUGUCCAUGAACUGCUCUUAUUGUUUACUGCAGCAGUUCCCAUCCUGCUGUCAUUUGGACAUUUUAGGAUGACAGCUCCUAUGCUUUCUAACCACCACAGCCCUAAGGGUGCCAGAUUAGAGAAAGCUGCCCUACGGCUCUGUGUAGCUUCUGAAGUUGGUUAUGUUUUUUAAACUAAAAUUCAUAAUUGAAUAAGAUGCAUCAUGUCAGGUUUUUUUUCUAAUUAAAUUUAUUCAGUUUAGAUGGCUGACCAUCUCACUAUAGUGACUGGGAAGCUAACCACAUUUAAAAUCAAAAUACAAAAGACAUAAAGCAUCAUAGAACAUCGAAGAAUGAUAAAGAUACUGUGAUCAAAUACUGUGAGUUUACUCAUUUUUAUUGUGUUUUUUAUUUAAGAAAAUAAUGCCUAACUUAAAAAAUUGUCAAAGUAUUUUCUCUCUCUUUUUUCAUAGUGGAAAUACAUAAGAACCAGAUUUUAGAGUAUGGUUCUUCCAAAGUUGGGCACUUUUAAACAGCAAUGGGAGAGGUUUCACCAUAUGUAUGUUUGGUCUGUAUAUUUCUUAUUGCUUUCUUAUGACUGAACUGAUAUUUUCUUGACAAAAAUAUGUUCUUUCGAUCUUUCAAUUUACAAAUAUUUUUAUUUAGGGUUUGUGGGAUGUAUACUUUUUCUGAUAUUGAUACUUCUUAAUUUUAGAUAUACUAAUGACCUGAUUCUUAAGUGUUCACACUUGGCUCGCAUCACAAGCUAAUUUAUAUAUUUUUCCACCAAUUUUUCAUAUUAAAUUUUAAGAUUUUUGGACAUUAAAUGAUUUGUAAAUACAUCUGCUGUACUUUUUGCAGGACAAUGAAAUUUUUUGAGACCAAGAUUCUUAUGUAAUGUAACUUUGAGACACUCUUUAUGCAUAAUUUUGAAAACGAGAGUAUUAUUUGGAAUCUUAUCUGAGAUUUAAAAAGACAAGACAGGGAUUGUAGCUUACCUGCCAGGAAGGUUGGUGGGAAUUGCAGGGAAAUCUCCUUUUCCCUAAUCACCUAAAAGCCUAUAAUGCACAGACAGUGGCCUACCCUCGUCUCAAUCAAAGUGCCUCCAUUUCUUUGGUUGAUAUUGUUCACAAGCAUUUUGAGGCUAACAUUUGUAAUCUGUCUUUUAUAAACUACUAAAAAUCUUUUAUCCAGAUCAAAAAUGAAGCAGAAAACAGAUUUUUUUUAAAAAAAAGAAUAACUAUUUGUCAUAUCAUUUAGGGCAGUUUUCGUUCUAACUCUUCUAUUGCUGAAGAUUAGAACAAAAGUGUCCAAAAAGUGUUUUAAAAUGUCCUUGUAGCAUUAUUUUGAACUUGGAAAAUACUUGAGUCGGACACCAGCAGCCAAUGUGCUUCAGAUGUUUAUGAGAGGAUUUUUUAAUGCAUGCUGGUAAAAUCACUGAUGUCUUUUGUAUGAUUGGGCUGAACAAAUGUCCUGAUGUUUUUUAGUCCAGGAUUUUUUGUGUGAAAUGCCUUUGCUACUCUUGUCAACAUCUCACAGUAAUUACAGUGCAGGCUUUAUAGCACACAUUAAUGUGAAAAUGUAUUUAAAAUUACUGUAAGAUACUUAGUUAGAAGAUGGUAUGCCUUGCAUUUGAAUUCAGCAUUUUAAAAACCUGCUAUUAAACAAUGGAAACAA